AGAAAGGGGAGAGGCGCUCCUAAAUUCAUGUUUUGUCGGGCACAGACAGUGUUGGGAGGGUCGUUGCCACAGUAGUGGAGGGGAUACGAAGCGCUCUGGAGCCGCUAUAUUAGAAAACGCAACAAAACGUGAAAGAAGGCAAAAACAACUUUUCUGACGUUCGCUACUUUUUGUUAUUUUGGUUUCCUUUAUUGCCUAGUCUACUCCCUAUACGAGGGCUGCAGAGCUUCCCAAUUCUGACGCCGGUGGGGCACUGCACACUUCUUCCUCCGUCUGUUUCUCUCUCUCCCUCUGGGUCUAUUCUGUCUCUGUGUCUCUCCCUCUCUCUCUCUCUCUGUCUCUCUCCCCCUCUCUCUCCCCCCUCCCUCCCUCCUGCUCGUGUUGCCAUGGCAGCCAGUAAGCCCAAGGGGCAGAACUCUCUGGCCCUGCACAAGGUGAUCAUGGUGGGCAGCGGUGGCGUGGGGAAGUCUGCCCUCACGCUGCAGUUCAUGUACGACGAGUUCGUGGAGGACUACGAGCCCACCAAGGCGGACAGCUACAGGAAGAAGGUGGUGCUGGACGGGGAGGAGGUGCAGAUCGACAUCCUGGACACGGCCGGGCAGGAGGACUACGCCGCCAUCCGGGACAACUACUUCCGCUCCGGGGAGGGCUUCCUGUGCGUCUUCUCCAUCACGGAGCUCGAGUCCUUCGCCGCCACCGCGGACUUCAGGGAGCAGAUUCUCCGGGUGAAGGAGGACGAGAGCGUUCCCUUCCUGCUGGUGGGGAACAAGUCGGACCUGGAGGACCGCCGGCAGGUGAACACCGAGGAGGCCAAGGGUCGAGCCGAACAGUGGGGCGUCAGCUACGUGGAGACCUCCGCCAAGACCCGCGCCAACGUGGACAAGGUGUUCUUUGACCUAAUGAGAGAGAUCCGUGCCAGGAAGAUGGAGGACAGCAAGGAGAAGAACGGGAAAAAGAAGAGGAAAAGCCUGGCCAAGAGGAUCCGGGAGAGAUGCUGCAUUUUAUAAUUACCUCCCCAUGGGUCAUUACCUCCUCAUCCACACACACACACACCCCUGCCCCUGCGUUCUAACAGUCAUUCUGAUUUUACCCCCCCACCCAAGACUGAGAUACUGAUGUUUACCCUUCUACUACACGGGGGGCCGGUGGCCGUGUCUAGAACAUGUACACAGCGCUUUAGAAGAGAAACAAAAAAAUACACAACUCAAAGGACCAAUACAACAUUUAGGAGCAGCAAGCAUGAAUUCACAGGCUAUUACAAGGAGGCAAAAAUAAUGAAGGAGAAAAAAAUAAUAAUUUUAUGCUCGAUAAAUAAUGUAACCUGUAUAUUUGUGUGGUGUAACAAAAGCACAGUGAGUUUUUUUUGUUUUUUUUCCCCUCAUGGGUUUCCCACAUUAUUGAGACUGGAUAUUUGUUGUUCUAUGCAGGCUGACAGAUGUUUUUUUUUGUUUUGUUUUUUUUCUCUGAUUAACUGGAGUCUCAUUGGUUGGUGCUGGUCCCAGUUCAUUUCUUUAAAACUCAAACAAACCUCAGAGUUGCACAGAAGACCAAGGCUCGACUGCAAGGAGGCUUGGGAAAUGGAGUUUCGAGUAACUGACAUCUCCAUGCCUUGAAUGUGACCAAGCAGACACAAGCCUCGCUGUUACUCCUGACAGAGGAAUGGUGUGUGUGUGUGUCUGUGUCUGUGUGUAUGUGUGUGUGUGUGUGCAUGUCUGUCCGUCUCUGUGUGCGUGCGUGUGUGAGUCUGUCUGUCUCUGUGUGCGUCUGUCUGUCUGUGUGUAUGUGUGGUGUCUGUCUCUGUGUGCGUGUCUGUCUGUCUGUCUCUGUGUGUGUGUGUGUCUCUGUCUGUGUGUGUGUGUGUGUCCGUGUGUGCGUGCGAUGUUCGGUGUGCAACACAGUGCUUGCUUUUUGAUUCAUGUAAUUCUAAAACCUGUACCUGGUGGAACGGAGAUUAUGGACAUGUAAUCUCCGUUGCUAUCCUAAAUGUUAAACCACAAAGAUUACAACAAGUGAAAUAUUUAAUCAUGCCUUAAUUUAGAAAUUGUUGAACGUGACCACCCUGGAUUCUGAGUGACUGUUUUUAAAGUGAUUUUGUUUUUCAAUAGUUUCUGAAAUUCAAAAAACUGUGUGCGUGUGUGUGAGAACCUUCAGCAUGUACCAUUGUGUCUGGACCAGCCAGCCCAUCCACGCCUCGUUCUGUAUCCUACUUCCGUAUGCAUGGAUCUCAAAAUCCAGUGCACAAAUUGGUGAGAAUUGAGAGUAGUUAUUUCAAAUAGUAUAUUGGAUAAUGUAUAAUGCAUUAUAUAUACAAAUGACACAUAUUCAAAUGUCGCUGCUAGCUUUGAGUCAGAAUUGAGCCUGUUGAAUAUGGACUUUUCUGUUUUGUGAGCACAGCCCUUCUGUCGGUGUGGAUUCGCGCACACACACUAGUGGCUGUCCUGAAAGGUCCAUAAUUGAAAGCUUUUUCAGUGGCAGCGAACAUUGUUACGACACUGCUGCUGUGAGUGCUCUCCCAUUUCCUGCAGUUUAAACUGUAAUAAUGGCAAUGUCAUGCUCGACCUCCAACACCCAUGAGGAUAUCUGGCUUUGUGGACGUGUUCUGUUUGCAGCUUUAAAUAACAACUGAAAGAGAAGGGCUCUACUUUUAGCAAGGCAUACAAAAGGGUUUUUCAAUCAUAAGAUUAUUCAGCCGUACUUUUUCCUUUCGAUUUUUUAUUUUUAUUUUUUGUGGUUACGGACUUGCUAUAAUUUGAUGAAAGUGAAUUUUUAAAGGAAAGUCCUCAUGGUGAAGUAAAUUGGUUGUCAAUGAAGUCACAAUGGAAUGAUUACGAUUUUAGCAUUGUCAGGUUUUUACUUUGUCAUGUUUUGCAAGUGCUGUUUCAAAAGACAAAUGUAUAUUGAAUUAUUCUGGUCAGUAGUUUUCUUUUUAUUUCCAAUAGCUUGUGAGGAUACUGCCAUCAUAGUCGAUAACGGUCCAGUGCAGGGCUGCUUGCGUUUGUGAACUUUCAUGAUCCGAGAACUCAACAGCUCUGGUCCUCAGCCAGGAAACUCAUUGUAAAUGUCCAGUUGAACUUGCUUUUCUUCCGUUCCUGUCUUUUAUGGGACGGGAAAUGCUGGAACUGUGCUCCAGAUGUAUGGUUUAUGUCAGAAGAUUUCAUACUCCUCAGCUUGGGAGAGAGGGGAAAGAUUUAUCUAAUCGUUUCCAGUCACACCCCUUUAAUUGGACAUGUGAUUUCCCGGUAGUCCCCUGACCUUUUGGGCCUGCAGUGUGAGUCACGUGGGACAGAUUAUGCAUCCGUGUCCAUCAACCCAAGCAUGGUUUGACAAAGAGCUUAUGCUCGCAUCCAGGGCCAUCCCUAACCCUUUGGGGUCCUCAAACAUUUUAUUUGGGGCCCCUCCCUCUUUUCUUUCCAAGGCUAGCAUCCCAAUGGACAUGAGCAUUGUGGGGGGGGGACCACAACAUGCACAUGUUGCUACUAUUGCAGUCCUCUCUUGGACUAUUGCCUCCCCCCACCACCACUAACUCCUGUAUAGAGGUAAAGGGUUUCCUGCCACAAGGCAUGUUUGCAACCAAAAUGGAACCCGUUUCACCAGUGUAAUACAGGACUUGGUUGUGUGUGUACAGGGGUUGCUAUGUUAUCCUGAAGUUGCCAAUAUGAGUACUAGUGAGGCUUCCCUGUAAUAUUUUACUGUGAAUUGUGUUGCUCAACACUAACUGUAGCACUGCGCUUGCUUGCUCUCCUGCACAAACUGGUUGCUGGUACUGGGCUGCAUCCAAACAUACUUCCAAAAAACCGCAACCAUCUGUAAUCACGUAAAACUGACUUCCAUUAUGAAAAUACCUUUUUUUUUUUUUUUUUUUUCCUGACAAGGUGCUGCACCAUUUACCCUCAUUUUAAACAACGGUUCCUCAUUAAAAGAUGGUGAAACGGCAAAGCCUCACACCUUUUUAUGAUUCAUGGAGGAAAAUGGACUAAUCUUGAAGCUGGUCGGUUUCAAGGAAAGAGAGACUGCUAUCGCCGUCGUGCAACAAAGAACCUGUCUGUCUGCAUGAGCGGCUUUGACUCUGUGGUGCGUUACCGAAAGGACUUCUUGAACUCCAUGGACAUCGGUUAUGUUCUGCGUUCUACACUUCUGGUGUGCAGUGAACCUUCAUAAUGACUAGCCAUUAAGCGUUUGUGUGUCAUGCUGAAUCUCCAGUUUUUCUUUUUGUCUUUUUGUCUUUUUUUUUUUUUCCUGUGAAUGUGCAUUUUUUGUUCAACGUCUAAAAAAAAAUUUCAACCUGUCCCGACCUUUCAGCAGUUCCCCCCUCAGUGUUCUUAAAGUGCUUUAAUGUAUCACCAUGAUUUUUUUUUUUUUUUUUUUUUUUUUAAACAACUAAAAAAAAAAAACAUGUCCAGUGUAACUGGGGAUCUUUACUAAACCCACUGAUGUUGUGCUUUUCUGUCUGCGAGGCGGGUACCAGGGUGCAGUGGUGUCGUGUGCUGUUGCCAUCGCCUCCUCACAGCUGAUGCCCCUUCUGCCCACACCUGUUAACUGCUGUACUUUGAGCCAUUUGAGAAGGAAGACAAAGAAAUUCAGAAAAAAUAAUAAUAAAGAAAUAAACUUACUGUUUUGUAA